GCGCGGACGCUACGGCUGUUUUGGUUUCGCCAGUUUUUUCGGUCUGUGACUCUUCCGCACAGUGGAGUAAUGAUUGGAGCACUUUCUCCUCAGUUUUGAGUAUUUCUGUGCGAGCCGUCGGAACUCAUUCGUGCCUGCGUAUGCGGUACUGCGAAGAUAUACGUUUACAGUUCCUUUCGUCUUUCCCGGUUGCAGUGAACUAAGAGAACCAUGGCCCCGAACAUGAGAACUGAUGUUAUUUUGCUGGAAGGAAUGACAUGUCCAGUUUGCGUUGAAAUAAUCAACAAGAAGCUGGUGAAUCUAAGCGGUGUUGAAACUGUUCACGUGGAUCUGGAGGAAAAUGAAGCCGUCGUCAAGUAUGAUCCAAGUGAGGUAACCCUGCGUGAGAUCACCCGGGCAGUAAUAGAAAGUGGCUUCAAUGCACGAACCAAGAACUCGUGUCCAAGCCUUGAAGACAUCACGCUUCUCAUUGGUGGCAUGAUGUGCAACGACUGCGUUGGCAAAGUGACGGCAAAUGUUGCUCAGAUCAAAGGAGUUUGCCGUGUUGAUGUUUCCUUGGAUAAGGGCAGAGCCAAUGUUACAUUUGAAACAACUCAAACUGACCCUCUUGCUAUUCAGUCUACAGUAAACAACCUUGGUUUUGUUGUGACUCUCCCUGAAAGUAUCCAGCCCUCAUCUGUCACUCUUUCUGUUGAAGGUGUUGCUUGCAACCUAUGCGUUACAUCAGUUGAACGAGUGCUUUUUGCAAAACCAGGGGUAAAGUCAGUUUUCGUGUCCCUUGAAGAGCAGAAGGUGCUAGUUGAAUUCUGCAGCUAUGAAGUGAGAGCGUAUGACUUGUGUCGAGCCGUAUGCAAUGCAGGGUACUCGGCAACAAUCAUCUGUGAACAAGGACCCCCCGACCUUGUUUCGGCAUUGUUCAGCAUCACAGGCAUGACAUGCAUGUCUUGUGUGGCCUCCUUAGAAGGAUUGUUGUCUCAGACUGAAGGAGUUGAAGGUGUCAAGGUGUCUCUUCAGGAAGGUACUGCUGCCGUUGUCUACGUCUCGUCAUUAUUGACAAGCCAAAAGAUUGUGGAAAUUAUCAGUGACUCUGGUUAUGGCUGUCAGAUCAAGGAGCAGGCUCGGAAAGGUUCCAUAGCAUCAGAGGACACACCACUUCUUGAAGCACAGUUUAGCAAAACUGCAUCAUGUUUGUCUAUUUCCUCCUUAGACAAUGGUUCAAGGGAAGCAGUGUUUUCACCAGUGGCAAAUAAAUUGCAAUUAGCACCAACACCAAAAAUCUCAUCAGAUUCAGUGCGUAAUAAAGAUGUGCCUUUGCAGAAAUGCCAUCUUUACGUUAGAGGCAUGACGUGUGCUUCCUGUGUAUCAGCUGUUGAGAAGAACCUUCUAAAGCUGAAUGGUGUUGCCCAAGCACUUGUCAGUCUUCUGUCAGAAAGAGCAGAAGUGAAGUAUGAUCCGGAAAAAGUUUCACCUAUGCAGCUUUCACAAGUGACGACUGAUCUUGGUUAUGAUUCAUCAAUCAUAGAAACAGCAGAACUUCAGCCAGGAGAAAUUGAUCUUUCAGUGGCGCCGUGCCUUUUUCAUUUCCCUGAUUUGUGGCAUUCCUACCAUGGUUGUGAUGGUUUACUUUAUGGCCUUUGCUAACAUGGACAAUCAUUGCUGCCUUAUUCCAGGGCUGUCCUUGGAAAAUCUUCUUCUAUUUAUUUUUGCCUCACCAGUUCAGUUUGUGGGUGGGCGACACUUUUAUUUGCCAGCAUUUAGGGCCCUGCGGCAUGGCAUGGCAAACAUGGACGUAUUGGUGAUGUUGGCAACCAAUGUGUCCUACUUGUACAGCAUAAUCAUUCUUCUCUACUUUGUGGCCACUCGGUCUGACCACAGCCCCACCACAUUUUUUGACACCGUGCCCAUGCUCAUUGUCUUCCUUUGCCUUGGUCGCUGGCUUGAGCACCUUGCCAAGCGACACACUUCAGAUGCUUUGACAAAGCUAAUAUCAUUGCAAGCCACUGAAGCUACUUUGUUAACAGUAAAUGAAGAUGGUGAUGUAUUGUCUGAGAAGAAAAUUGAUGUGAAUCUUAUACAGAGGAACGACGUAAUAAAGGUUCUCCCAGGUGAAAGAAUACCUGUAGAUGGCAAAGUUAGUGGGGGAUCAUCAAAUGUUAAUGAAUCUCACAUCACAGGUGAACCACUCCCCGUAUUCAAAACAGUUGGCUCCAGUGUGAUGGCAGGCUCAGUUAAUGAGAACGGUGUCCUACUCAUUUGUGCAACCCAUGUUGGCAAAGACACAACAUUGGCUCAAAUUGUACGUCUUGUUGAGGAGGCACAGUCAUCUAAGGCACCUAUUCAGCAGCUGGCUGACAAAAUUGCAGGCUACUUCGUUCCAGCUGUGGUAGUCCUCUCAAUUUUGACGCUGGUUGUGUGGCUUAUUCUGGGUUUCAUUAGGACAGAUCUAGUCAGCAACUACUAUAGCAAGGCACAAGACGUGCCCGAAAAUGAAGAGAUCGUCCAGUUUGCAUUCCAAUGUGCCCUGACAGUAUUGUCAAUUGCCUGCCCAUGUGCUUUGGGCCUUGCCACACCAACUGCCGUUAUGGUAGGAACUGGAGUUGGUGCCACAAAUGGCAUUCUUAUUAAAGGGGCUGAGCCACUAGAAGCCAUUUGCAAGGUGACAUGUUUUGCAUUUGACAAGACUGGCACAAUCACAAAAGGUGCACCUGUGUUGGUAUAUGCUGGUGUGAUGGCACAUGUUAAGGCCCUCACAUUAAAUGCUCUGAUGGCCAUUGUGGGGACUGCAGAGGCAAAUAGCGAGCACCCAAUUGCUAAAGCCAUCUCGGACUAUGCUAAACAGUUAUUGCAGACAGACAUGCUUGGAAGCUGUGAAGGCUUUGAGGCAAUCCCAGGCUUCGGUCUAUCUUGCAAGGUUGGAAAUGUGGGCAGCAUAUUGAAGAAUGCACCGAAGCAUGUGGAUAGGCAUGAUUCUUAUUGUGUAGAAAUUCAGUACAUUGGAGAAGUGAACCAAGACGGAAAUGAGCAAGAAAAAUGGGACAAUACAUAUGAGGUACUUGUUGGCAACCGAAAAUGGAUGAAGAACAACUCUGUUGAAGUGUCAUCUUCUGUUGACAGCUUGAUGGCCAAGAGAGAAAUGCUGGGACAGACAGUUAUUUUGUGUGCCAUAAAUGGUGUUCUCGCAGGUAUACUUGCUGUGUCAGACACACUGAAGCCUGAGUCCAAAGCCACUGUGAGCAAACUGCAAGAGAUGGGCUUUAAGGUUGUUCUUCUGACUGGAGACAAUGCACAGACUGCCUCAGCUAUUGCAGAGCAGGUUGGCAUUGAUGAGGUGUUUGCUCAAGUCUUGCCCUCACACAAAGCAGAGAAAAUCCAAGACCUGCAGAAUGAAGGUUUCAAGGUCGCCAUGGUUGGUGAUGGCAUCAAUGACUCACCUGCUUUAGUUAAGGCUGAUGUUGGCAUCGCCCUCUCAGAUGGCACAGAUGUGGCAAUUGAAGCUGCAGACUUGGUCUUGAUUCGGAACAAUCUCUAUGACGUGGUGGGUGCUGUUGAUCUUUCGAGGAAGACUGUGCGAAGAAUUCGAAUGAAUUUUUUUCUUGCUAGCAUCUACAACCUCGUGGGCAUUCCUCUUGCAGCAGGCAUCUUCAUGCCUUUUGGUGUCGCCUUGUUGCCAUGGAUGGGAGCAGCUGCUAUGGCCCUAUCCUCUGUUUCAGUCGUCACAUCAUCAUUGCUCCUGUACCUGUAUCAAAAGCCUGUUAUGGCCAAAUCAUGUUGCCCAAGUGAGCGAAAAGGAUCACAAGAAAAAGACAUGGAGCUUGGUGAACACACUUCACAUGAAAGUGUGGCCAAAAUCGCCAAUGUCCAAGGAUCACCUCUGAGAGACUCAAUUUUGCCAGAAGUCUGCAUUCAGCAAGAACUUGAAGUAUUAUGCACUGAUAAUGUGCAGCAGUUACUUUGAAUCGUGCCAGGCAAUCUUUUCCUGUUUUUUUUUUCUUCCCUUUUCCACUCUUGCCCAUCGUGUAAACAGCAGCACUUGCUGUAUUUCAAAGAAUUUGUACAUACAGAAUGUACGCAGUUGUUUUUCCUGGUUUUACUAUAGGUGUGCAUCAACAUUCCAGUUCAUUGUGUUUUGAUACCAAAGUGCCAGUUUCGAAAGUACUGAUCUUGGAGAAAACAUGCUAGCUGGCAAAGCUGCAGUUGUAAUAUACAGGGUACUAGAAAGAAGUGUAUUAUGCUUCCUGUAUUUCAUGCAGGGUUUUUUGAUUACUCGAGCUUACCUGCUGUUGUUGCGUGACCAACUAGAAAUGACCACUUUUAGCUAUUCUUGGUUACAACCUAAUAAAAAAAAUGUCAGCUCCACCCACAGCCAUUGUUGUCCCUCCCACAGAGAAUUUGCAUAAAUGCUGCAUCCAAUAGCACUUACUCAUUUUCGUGACAUCAAGCACUUCUUGAGUGUGCAGGCGGUUGGCUUUCCAAUACAGACGCACAUUUGUGCCGCUGGUAUUAUAUAGGAAACUUUAACGUCCUAGUGAAACCUUUCAGGGACUCUGACAUCAUUUCUCAUCUAAACUUGAUGUUUUAGGUAGUAACGAUGAACCUUAAACCCUUAAUAUGCGCAGUGUUUACAUUAGCCGAGAAAAAGUACUUACGGUCCGAGUGGAAACCAGCAAGCAUGACUGCCAUUCGCAAGUGAAGGGCAGGCACGCCGCGGUUUUGUACGUGGAUCUGUCAUUUUUUCUUUGGUUGUAACCGAGUAUAGUUAAUUUGAAAACUUAUGGCAUCACAGUUUGUUUACCUAUACUAGGUGCCAUAUUUUUCCUAUUGCUCUGGCUUGACUGUGUGCUGCCAAAGUAGGUUCUCAGUGUGUAGGUAGCUGUCUUUUUGCAUCAAAUCUUGAAGCAAGAACUAUAUGAAAAAUGUUGGCUGUACUUAUCUCUAGUAGUGGUUUCAUCAUUGAGAGGCUUGACAGAUUGGGAUUUGAGCAAGAAGCGACUUACUGAAAAAGGAAGCGCUUGUGUUUAGCCGUUCCAAGUUUAACGUCUGUCCCAUGACUUGGUGCAGUAGAAACUGCAGUGUUCUUUUAUCAAGUUGCCAAAAUAAGUGUUCAAAGAAAAGGAAUUUAUGAUGGCAGUUUUAACGGAGCAAAUUGGGCAUAUACUGUAUAUGUGCAGCAGAAGUUUUGUCCUACAUCCUCGGUUUUAAAAAUCUACAUAAUGUGUUGAUAGAGGAGAGCUCUCAAGUUGCAUUUGGGUCACAUCUUUUCUUGGAUACUGUGUUUUGUGUCACUUUUAUUGAAAAUGUAUGCACAUGGCUCUAAUGGAUUUAUUCUUCAAAAGCUCAGGUGCAUAAGAUUAAGAUGUCAUUUUGUUACAUGUAAAUGCUUGCUGCUACAGUCUGUUCAGUUUACUAAAUUCAGAGAACAGAAAGGACUGUUGCAUGUUGAUCCCGUUAAUUGAAAAUUAAUGGAAGAAAUGUCUUUACCAUCUCAUAUGGGCAUUCUUGAGCAGCUGAUUUAUUCUUCACUAAUUGUUAUAGGGAAAUAAAUGUUUUUUUUUU